AUGGCCGCCCGCUACGGUGCCCUCGGUGCAACCUUGCUGCUAGCUCGAAUCUUUCAGUCCUGCUGCCUCAUUGCAGCCAUUGGCAUGACUGCCAAAUUCAUCAGUGUGAUCGUCUCCAACAACGGCGACCCACCUGAUAUCCUAAUCGGCACCAUCAGCGUGACAUGUAUUGCUGUGAUCUACUGCAUCAUCACCACAAUCCUUUAUAUUGAUGACAUCCUGCCAUUCCUGAUCAUCGCAGUGCUGGACCUGCUAGUCCUCAUUGCGCUAAUUGUGGUCGCUGUCAUCGUUGGCAAGCCACUUUCAUAUCUGAAGUGCUCGACUUUAGCUGAACUGGGUGAUGCGGAUGCUACCCUGUAUGCAUUUGCCUCACGAUUGUCGAGUUACAUUGCGAACAUCACGGGAAAGAUCGAUUAUGUUGCAUUCAUUGGAGCUUCGAAGGCCAUUUGCGUGGAGAUGAAGGCUGUCUGGGGAUUGAGCAUUGGACUUUGCAUCCUGUUUUUCUUUUCUUCUAUCUGCAGCAUUCUGCUCUGGCAGCAGAAGAAGAAGGCUGUUGCCGCCAAAGAAGUGGAGUAA